AUGAGGUCUGUUUCUCUAGUCCUUCUGGCUGUCGCGGGCCUCCAGUGCCCCGGCACUGCUGCCUCCCCCGCCAACAACACACACACCGAAGCUUGCACCAAUCCUCUCAUCAGACACGAAUGGCGACAGCUGUCUUUGGAACAGAGGCUGGACUACAUCGAUUCUAUAAAAUGUCUGAUGGCCCUUCCGUCGGAGGGUAACGAUCUGUGGCCCGGGGCAAAGUCCCGAUACGACGAUUUCCAGGGAAUGCACAUUUACAUGACCAAGCAAGUUCAUUUCAAUGGACCGUUCCUUCCAUGGCAUCGCUGGAUGCUGUAUCUCUUUGAGUCAGAGCUGCGCAUCAAAUGUGAUUUCAAAGGCACCCUUCCGUACUGGGAUAUGGGGUUAGACAACACCGCCGAGGGCUUCGCCAAGUCACCCGUCUUUGAUAACAUUUACGGUGUCGGAGGAAAUGGGCCGUACAUUGCAGAUAUUACCGAUCCGGAGGAGUUCCCUGUUCAGAAACCAAUUGAGAUCCCGGAGAGAUCUGGCUGCGUCCAAGAGGGACCUUUCGCUAACAUCACCGUACCCAUGGGCCUCGGUUAUUCGGUCGAGUCUACACCACACUGCCUCCGCCGGGAUUUCAGCCUACCCAUUAUCACGAGCGCUCUUAGUGAUGAAGUCAUCAACCGAACCCUGUCCGCGACCUCGUUUGACGAGUUCAACCUGCAUAUUCAGGGAUACAGUAUGCAGGUUAGCGGAAUGACACUGCACGCGGGAAUGCACCUGGGAAUCGGUGGUGCAGUUGGGGAUGUUGCUGAUAUGUAUUCGUCGCCUGGCGAUCCCGUUUUCUACUUCAUUCACGGAGCUCUGGACAAGAUCUGGAACGAGUGGCAACGCAUGGACUGGCCCGCUCGUAAGACGGACAUUGGUGGACCUGACAUCAUAUGGGCGUACCCCUUCAACUUCUUCGGAGAUGUUGCCUAUGAGAACAUCACUUUGCAGUACCCUUUAUCAUUCCCGAACUUCAGUGGGAAUAUGACUGUUGCGGACAUGAUGGACAUCUAUGGUGGCCCCUUUUGCUACGAGUAUAGAUAG